AUGAGAAUCGCUGAAGAGAUGAGGUCAAAGAAACUACAAAUGACGAAUGGAUAUACAUUGAAAGAGAAUACAUCAUUAGAUGGGUCCUUUCUAAAAAAGACAUCCAACGGGAUCAAUCAAAUCGCUUCAACUGAUCACGUGAAUAGCUUUAUUCCACUUGAACUGAACAACAUAGGGAAUGUCAGCCAUGAUGAAAAAUUGGCUGGAAAUAUUAGUAAUAAAAGUUAUGCAAAUCAUGAAGCUGAUUCGUUAUUGUUUCCAUAUUCAUAUGAAGACCAGAAGCAGUGCAGUUUUGCAACAGGAUCCGAAGCUCUUGGAAAAGUUAACUAUAGCAGCAUGAAUAUGAGAGCUAGCGUAGUACCCACCACAGUGAUGUAUCAUUUAAAGAGUGAAAGGAAUAAUUACAUGAAUGUACAAGAAAAUAUGACAGGGAGGAGAACGGGUACAAUAGUCAAUCUGAACCCACGAAACGGAUCCAAUGGACGAAGUGUGAGCGAGUCAUCACAUCACAGACAACGCAUGAACAGCAUCAACAGCUUGCACAUGGUGUCGCCUGCACACGGGAUAUAUCCAUCCUAUCUGAUACAUUCACCUCGUGUGAUAUCGCCCUCUCCUAUGGUGCAUUCCUCACAUGUAGUACCACCUCCCCUUGUGGUUCCUCCCUCUUAUGUAGUAUCGUCACCACACAUGAUACCUCCCUUGAGCUCGUCAGAAAAUAUGUGCACAAAUAAGCUACACCAAGAAAUGGACAAGGAGGCAUCACAAACAAGAAUCCAGAUGAAAAGAAAUUUUCAUUCCGGAAAAAAAUAUGAAAAAGAAGUAUUUUUAACAAAUACCAAUUAUGUGAAUCCAACCCCCCAAUUGAGUAUAAGUCAAAGUAUUCUUCAUUCGGGUGGAGAGAAAACAGAAAGAAUGAGACAUUCUAAGGAUGAAUGGAAAAAAUAUCAUCCUACCAUUUCGAGUACAGGAUAUAGUAAUAUGAGAAGAAUCUCUAAAGGAAGAGGCGUUAUUCUCGUUCCAUUUGAAAAAGCGCCAAAAAAAAAUGGGUUCAUGAUACGUGUUCAAAAUGUAAAUGAAGUAGAUGCAGGAUUGGUAAAUGAAUGGGGAAGUAGAAGAUUGAGCAAAACGUCUGAAUAUCAUUAUAAGGAUCUUGAUGUAGAGAAAUAUCCCAUUGAUGUUGGAGAUUGUUAUCCUAAUGACUUGUCCAUGGAAAUGUUUCGAAAGAGUAAUAUAUCUUGGAAUAGUAGCAAUGCAUCUAACAGUGAGGAAAUUAAAAUGAACACAGAUGUGAUCAUGUUAGAUGAUUCAAAAUGUAAUAAUAUGUUGAUACCUGAUGCGAGGGCUAGGAAUUGCCUAGACCACAGUGUCGUCCGAAGGUUAUCUGUAGAUAAUAUGGAUGGGAAGUUAAGCCAAUAUUGCAUCCAAUCGGAAGUAGAUCCAAUUGAAAAGGAAGAAAAGGAUGAUGCACAUUCAAGAGAGGAAGAAGAGACCACGCAAUGUAACUAUGAUAAGAAUGACUUCACAAAAUGGGUAUCACACAAUAGACUAGUGAAAAAUAUCAUAUCAUCAUACAAUGAAAGUGAGAAUAUGGAAAAGCAUGCAUUGUAUAGUUUGUUAUUUGACAUGUAUGGUUAUAAUAAGGAUAUUUUUGUAAAUUAUUUAAACAGUGAUAAUGAGAGUAGCAUAAUAAGUGAAGUAAUGAAACAAAUUAUUUACGAAUUGAAUAAGAAGAAGAAUAAUAAAAUUGUGGAAAAGAUAAUUUUUUUAAAAUAUGUAUUUAAUCAAUAUGGUCAUACGGAAUAUCCCAAUUUCAUUUCAUUUAAAAAUUUUAAAAUGAUUUUUAAAAACUACAAAAAUAUUUUUGCAUCGGAAAAAAUUGUAUUAUUCGUUUUUAAUUGUUUAGAUAGAUGCAAAAGAUACUAUGUUAGUGAAUCUGAUUUUUUAAUUGGUAUGUUAGCUUGUAGUCCUCAAAUGGACAACGACAUAUCACAUGACACAGGAAAAUUAAGACAUCAGUUAAUUUUCCGUGCAUACGACUUGGAUAGAGAUGGUUAUUUGAACCAAAAUGAAAUGCUUGUGUUCCUCUAUCAUGUGUAUGAAUUGUCGAAGAAUUUUAAAUAUAUAAAGUUAAAGAGGAAUAAAAAAGAAUUAAAAAAAUUUGUUACAAUUGAAAGAGAUAAAAUUAUGAACAAGUGUGAAAAAAUUAGCUACGAUCAUUUCUAUUAUUUAGUAUUAAACAAAAAAAUUGAAGGCACGCAGAACCUUCUCAGGUCCAACUAUGAUGUGGCCAAUGUUGUGAAGAUGUAUUUCCUGAACACUUAUGCGAGGGGAAUUGUUUCCGAAGGGUGUGUAACUGAGGAUGAUUCUUUUGAUGUAGUGAACAAGAGGAGAGACUCUGGGAGGAGCACCUCUUUCGUGGUAGAUGCGAGUGAAGCAGACGAAAUUGGGGAAGCAACCCAAAUUGGGGAAUCAAAUCAAAUUGGGGAAUCAAAUCAAAUUGGGGAAACAGCCCAAAUUGAAGUUAACCAAAUUGGGGAAGCUCCUACCUAUAAGGAAAGACAAAACGAAGUUUAUCGAUAUUCCUCUGAAGGAAUUUUCUCUCAAAACACUAAUGCAAUAACGAACAGGGAUGAGAUGAUUGAAGAUGAAGAAGCGAAGCGGAGUAAGGAAGAAUCCAAUUCGAUUAAAUCUGUGUGCAUAUCAAGGAUUCCAAAUGAGAGAGAGAAUAACCAAGUGGAAAAUGAUAAUCAGAAGGAAUUAGCAAAAAAUGUUACAGGGAAUCAUCUAAAAAGUGCAAACAGCAUCCAAGAGGAGAUACAAGAAUUAAAUCAUGAAUUAGAGAAAAAGGAGGAGAAGAUGAAGGUGGAGCAGCAGAUGGAGGAGCAGCGGAUGGAGGAGCAGCAGAUGGAGGAGCAGCAGAUGGAGGGGCAGCGGAUGGAGGAAGAACAAUCAAGUAGUUACUCUAAUGUGGAAGAAGAUGGGAACGAUCUGAAUAGUACAAUAAAUAUAAAAUCAAAUUGUGACAUAAAAUUUGAUGAAGAGAUUAACAAGGGAAUUUACCAGCACUUUGGGAACAAUGAGGAGAACCACCUUGGUGAAGCGAAAGAUUUUGUAUAUGUCCAAAAUGGAAUCAAUGGAAUCUGCUUUUCUCAAAAUCGAAUGGAGAAUGAUUUCGAGCAGAAGAGAGAAAUGAAUUCCGGAGAGUUCGAAGUAAGUAGUGCUCGUCAGAUGAGUGCAAAAAUGGAGGAAGAGCAGAAGGGGAUGCACAACCCGUUGUUAUCAUCUGGGGUUAUGGACAGAGGCGUGAUAGAUGAGAAGAGAGAUACUCUAGUGAGGAAUAAACUCCAUUUUGAAGACUUGAGAGAUGAUAAAAAUGAGAGAAAAUUGUGCAGUUCAAGAGAGACAACAGAAGUAGAGGGAAGCACAGAGAGCGCACCACAUUUCGGGGGAAAUGAAAAAGAUUUAAUGGUAAAGAGGAAAAAUCCAACUAUUAAUGAAAGUGAAGAUAGAUGGAGUAAGUGUAUUAUGAAGAUGAAAGAAAUAGUAAAAAUUUAUCGGGAAAAAUAUUUAACAAAUAGUACAAGAUUAUUUAGUCUUAAUCAGGAUAUCGCAUUUAAAAUAUUUUCUACAUUUUACAAGAUGAGCUACAAGAAGAAGAGAGAAAAAUAUAGGCAGAAUUUUGUAAAAAUAUGUUCAUCUGUGUGCAUAUAUAAUGACAUUAUUCUUUUAUGUGAUGAAGUAGCGAAACUGCUGAAGUUGGAAGAUUCGCUCGAGUUUGUUGAGCUGCCUUGUAAGAUAUUUGGGGACAUUCAUGGGAAUUUGUAUGACAUUUUUGACUUUUUCAACAUGUAUAACUGGCCAAUUCACAAGGGCUCGAACGAGUGGAUGAGUGUUCAGGACGUGCUGGCCUUAGAUCAAAAAGGGAGGAGGGGUGCAGGGAUUAGAGGCCGGGGAAGUGACUGCAGAAGUGACUGCAGAAAUGGCUGCAGAAAUGGCUGCAGAAAUGGCUGCAGAAAUGGAGAGUACUGUGGCAGAGACGCACGAUCCGGAGGUGAGCGAUUCAAAUCAUCGCAUGAAGAGUCAGGCGAUUCAGCACACAUUGAAGAAGAGAACAAUGUUAAGUACAUAUUUCUUGGAAAUUACAUAAACAGAGGAAAGUACUCACUUGAAGUGAUAUGCUUUCUUUUCAGUUUGAAGAUUUUGUUUCCAAAACAUAUUUAUCUGUUGAGAGGUAAUCAUGAAGAAAGGCUAUUCAAUUAUGUGCACGGGUUCUACCAUGAUAUAGAGAAGAAAAUGAAAAGAAGCUUUGAAUUCAUAGGAUCAGUAAAUUACCAAGAAGAAGUAAUAAAAGCACAUUCCUACGAAUUGUUCAACCGAAUUAAUGACGUACUGGAAUUUCUCCCUUUGUCUAUACUUGUUGAUCGAAAUAUUUUAUGCAUACAUGCAGGAAUUGGUGAUAGUAUACAAAAUGUGGAUGAUUAUGCAGAUAUACACAAACCGAUUGUGGUUCCACAAUUUGUUGAUAGAUGUAGUGAAAAUAAAUAUGAACAUUUGCAAAAAAUUAUCAUUGAUACCUUGUGGUCUGAUCCAAUUAAUUAUGAAGAUAAACAUGAUAUCUCUUUUUUAAAAAAUGUGCAAAACGGGUUAGAUGUUAUUCCAUCCAGCAGAGGAAAAAUUACGUUAAAGUUUGGACAGCAUAGAUUAUCUCACUUUUUAAAAAAAAACAAACUUAAAAUGAUUAUACGUGGUCAUGAAUGUGUUCAGGAAGGGUACAAAUAUUCCUAUGGAAAGAAGGUGUUGACUCUUUUUUCUGCCACCAAUUAUUGUGGAACCUAUGGGAACAAUGCAUGCAACGCAUUUAUUGUUAAGCGUGGAGGUAGCAUUGUCAUUUUUAACCAGAUAUUGAAAUGGGAUGAGGAGAAAAAAGGGCAGAUGCAAGGGAAGAUGCAAGGGCAGAAGCAGGAGGAGAAGACCGCUCAAAUGGAUAAGAAGCAUCACCAAAAUGAUUUUUCAGGCGGAGUUGUCGAAAGAAAAACGGAUCCUUUUUGUACAUCUAAUCGUCAGCAGUGGAGGAACACUUCGAAUUGCAUAACUCAGGCAUAUUCUGGUUCUUCACCUUUCUCACAAAAUGAAAUAAUAAACUCAUCACAUCACGAAUCGGAGAUGAAUAAUAUUUGUGCAUAUUCAAUUCGGCAGACAAAAGAGAUAACGAGUGAAAUUUUGAAAACUGAUAAGAAUAUCCAAUCGAAAAAAUUCACACAUAAUGGAAAUCACAUUACCUGUAUUGAUCAUGCUAACAGUGAUGCUUGUGCUCGAGUGGGAAGCUUGCCUAGUCAGCCAAAUUUGUCGAGCCAUCUCAGUCAGAAGAAAAAGCAGUCGAGUCAGUCAGCUUUCGAUAUGAACAAGUUAGUGUACUCUAUUGAAUCACUCGGGGAGAAAAGCAAAAAGGAAUCAUUAGUAAGCAACGUGGAAGACAAAGAAAAUCUCCGUUUUCAUCACGAUAUGAAACAUGUUCCAUUUGAUUAUGAAUUUGUGGACUCAAGUAUGGAAAACGACGCUGUGGUCAGAGGAGACGAAGGUAAUGAUACUGGAAGAUACAGGGAGAAUAAUUUGCUUAUCAGUGAUAAUCACCAAAUUGUGAAAAGGAAAUUUCGAGACACGAAGAGUAAUGAGAGUAUGAAUUUGAUGGCGUUGGAUGCAGACGGAAAAAUGGAGAGUGCAUCUAGUAGGUUAAUUUCCGCGGACCCGAUUGGAGGCGUGGCUGGCGAUAUAACUGGUGUUGUGGCUGGCGAUAUAACUGGUGUUGUGGCUAGCGAUAUAAUUGGCGGUGUGGCUAGCGAUAUAAUUGGCGGUGUGGCUAGCGAUAUAACUGGCGGUGUGGCUAGCGAUAUAAUUGGCGGUGUAACUGCCAAUUUGACUGACCGUGUGCGAAUGGUAAUAGGAGAUGAUCUAACGAAUGGAAACUACAAACGCCAGGGGAUCAAUUGUGUAGGAUUCACAGAUGGAAAUCGUAGUCAGAUACAGGAAGAAGAGAAUUGCGAUGGGGUGUUAGAUCCCAAGAAAAUACCUGACAUGGAAGAUGUAGAAUUUGAGAAAGGAGCGUCCAUAAAUAAUGAGGAAGCAAAGAGGGAUAAAAUAAUAAAUGGGGAUGAUUGGGAAGGGGUAAAAUUCUAUGACGAUUAUGAAAUGUGUUUGGAAAAUAUAACACACGAUGAAAGCUCUAAGAAACAGCUUUUUUGCAAAUCGAGGGUGGCAGGUGAAGUCCCCUAUGCAGGUGUAACGAAGUCGACUAGCCGAAACAACACAGAUGCCAUUAUAGAACAAUUUUUCGAGAAUGAAAAGAAAGAGCAGCAAAGAAAGAAGCGCGAAGUAGUAGACCAAGAAGGAGUAGACCACGACAGUAUCGAACGUUUUUUCAGUGAACAAGAGGAAGAAAUAAAAUUGGCAGGAAAUAAUGAUUUAAAAUAUGGCUACUAUUCCAAAUUGGCUCCAUUGUUAAAAGGAGGGAAUAAUAUACAUAUGGUUGGGGAGGAUGACGAAGAUGAGAAUACACAUGAUGGAAAUUCUAUGUACCUUAUAAAUGAUGAACUAGUGAGUAAACCGGCUGAAUAUAUGAUGCCACCAAACUUGGGUUUGACCAAUAAGUCCAAGUUAAGAAGGGAUACACAUUUGAAUGAACACAAGAAGGAGAAUACUUUUACCACCCUUCGGAGUUUGCGUAGCGAAAACAAUACCAGAGAAUCACUAAACAAGUUACAAAUGCAGUGUUUACCACCUGACCCCAAGCCACAGACAAAAAUUUCGCUACAGAAAAUUGUGGGGAAAAUAGAGGAUGAGUAA